AUGUCUUAUAUCACUCAAUCAUCUGUUUAUGGAGAUGUUAAUGAAAACAAAAGUAGAGAUUAUUGGGACUACGAAUGUCAUGCAAUCACAUGGGGUAAUAUUGAAAAAUAUGAAUUAACUAGAAAACUGGGAAGAGGAAAGUACUCAGAAGUUUUCGAAGGAUUAGAUACAGAAAAAAAUGAAAGAAUUGUUAUUAAGGUACUUAAACCGGUUAAAAAGAAGAAGAUAAAAAGAGAAAUAAAAAUUUUAGAAAAUCUCAAAGGGGGUACUAAUAUUAUUACAUUACUGGAUGUUGUAAAAGAUCCUAUAUCAAGAACUCCGGCUCUAAUUUUUGAACAUGUUGAUAACCAAGAUUUUAAAACACUCUAUCAGACACUGACUGAAUAUGACAUUCGUUAUUAUUUGUUUGAACUUUUAAAGGCUCUGGAUUAUUGCCAUUCUCAUGGAAUAAUGCACAGAGAUGUUAAACCUCACAAUGUAAUGAUUGAUCAUAACAAGCGUCAAUUAAGACUAAUCGACUGGGGACUAGCUGAAUUUUAUCAUCCGCGUCAGGACUAUAAUGUACGUGUAGCUUCCCGUUAUUUUAAGGGGCCUGAACUAUUAGUUGAUUAUCAAUACUAUGAUUACUCCUUGGAUAUGUGGAGUUUAGGGUGUAUGUUAGCUUCUAUGCUUUUUAGACGUGAACCCUUUUUCCAUGGACAUGAUAAUCAUGAUCAACUGGUUAGAAUUGCUAAAGUUCUUGGUACAGACGAAUUAUAUGCAUAUUUGGAUAAAUAUGGGAUUACUUUGGAUAAUCGUUUUAAUGACCUUCUUGGAAAGCAUGCUCGCAAGCGCUGGGAUCGUUUUAUUCAUAAUGAGAAUAGUCAUCUUGUUACACCGACAGCCAUAGACUUUCUCGAUAAACUUUUAAAAUAUGACCAUCAACAACGCCUUACAGCCAAAGAAGCAAUGGCACAUCCAUACUUUGCUCAAAUAGUAAUGGAUAAUGAAAAUAAGAGAAAAGGUACCAUGGAUGAUAGCAUUAAGGAAGAAGUAGUAAUGUAA